AUGAUCUAUUAUAUUUCUCUUUUACUUUUUUGUUUAGCCCCAAUUAUAGGACGAAAAUUUCAAUAUAGUGGAUCUUGGGAUCCCUAUGAAAAAAAAUAUGGCCGAUUCUCAGAAGCAGAGAGGCUGAAAAUGCUUCAAACUUCAAGAGAAAUGUUCCAGUUUGGCUACGACAGUUACAUGAAAUAUGCUUUUCCUGAGGAUGAACUCAAUCCUAUAGACUGUAAUGGACGCGGUCCAGAUUAUUAUGAUCGUUCUAACAUCAAUAUAAAUGAUGUACUGGGAGAUUAUGUUUUAACUUUGGUUGAUUCACUUGACACAUUAGCAAUUAUGGGCAAUAGUUCAGAAUUUCAGAAUGCAGUAAAUUUAGUCAUUGAGUAUUUAGAUUUUGAUAAAGAUAAUACAGUUCAAGUUUUUGAAGCAACCAUCAGAGUAUUAGGUUCCCUGUUGUCAGCUCAUUUGAUUAUAAUAGAUAGAGAUAAACCAUUUGGUGAUAUGAGACCGUUAGAUUAUAACAAUGAAUUAUUAUCAUUAGCUCAUGAUCUAGCUGCUAGACUACUCCCGGCAUUCGAUGGUACAGCUACUGGAGUUCCAUAUCCUAGGGUAAACUUACAAGAUGGUGUACCUACUGAUUGUACUAACGAAACUUGUACAGCUGGUGCUGGAACAUUAUCUCUAGAGUUUGGUGUCUUAUCAAGGUUACUAGAAGAUCCUGUAUAUGAAUCGAAAGCCAGACGUGUGGUCAAGGCUCUGUGGAAAUACAGGUCAAAUGUCACUGGCCUUUUUGGUAAUGUUAUUGAUAUACAAACUGGAGAAUGGAAAGGAAUAAUGAGUGGACUGGGAGCUGGUUUAGAUUCUUUCUAUGAAUAUUUACUCAAGUCGUAUAUUUUAUUUGGUGAGGAGGAAGAUUUUAAAAUGUUUAAUGAAACUUAUGAAUCUAUUAAAUUUCAUAUGAAAAGAGGGAGAACAAGUUGUAACAAUGGAAACGGGAAUCCUCCUAUUUAUGUGAAUGUCAACAUGAAGACUGGAGAUUUGUUAAAUAAUUGGGUUGAUUCUCUACAGGCAGCCUGGUCUGGAGUUCAGGUGAGUGCACAUGUACUGGUUUCUCUAGUAUUAAACGGAGAUAUAGAAGAAGCUAUAUGUUGUCAUGCAUUAUACUACUCUAUAUGGAGAAAAUAUGAUGCCAUUCCCGAGCGCUAUAACUGGCAUCUAAAAGCUCCAGAUGUCAAGUUCUACCCUUUACGACCAGAAUUUGUAGAGUCCACAUACUUCCUUUAUCAAGCCACCAAGAAUCCAUUUUAUUUCCAUGUUGGCAGGGAUAUCAUUAAUAGUCUAAAUGAACAUACACGCACAGAUUGUGGAUAUGCAACUGUACAUGAUGUUAUAACAAAAGAAUUAGAAGAUAGAAUGGAGAGUUUUUUUCUCUCAGAAACUUGUAAAUAUCUAUAUUUAUUAUUUGAUAAAGAUAACCAUGUAAAUAAAGAAGCAAGUCGAUAUGUUUUUACAACAGAAGGUCAUAUACUACCUAUUACUAGAAAACUUAGACAGAAAGUCUGGAGUCCAAGUAGUGAUAUCACAGUUUCACCAAUAGUCGAUACUAGAACUAACACUACUAAUUGUGAGAGUAUAUCAUCAAGCAGUCGUUAUUUUCUACCAAUGGAAAGUGAAUAUUUAGAGCAGAUGGAACUGGCUGUAGGAUUAACAGAUUCUACUGAUAGACCAAACAGCUGA